AUGGCCGAGAAUAAUCAGGAACCUAAGGUUGAAAUUCAGCCAAGUGUCAACGAGCAGGAAGAACAACCAAAACAAGAAGCAGCAGAAACUCCCGUUGAAGAAAAACCAACAGAAAAUUCAACAGAAACAAAAGAAGAAAAUCAGGCUCAACUAAAAGAACAAAAGACUGAAGAACAUGCUGAAGAGCAAAAGCAAAGUGAAGCGAAAACAGUCCCACUUGAAAAUCCAGAAGAAUCUCAUGAAGAGAAAAUCGAACCAACAACACAAGUUGAAGCAAUCACUGAAGAACAACCAAGUGAACCUCAACCAGUAAUUAUCCACGAAAUGAAGAUCAAAGCUACUCCACAAAAAGAAACUAAAGAAGAUUACAAUCCAGAUAUGGAUAUUCUCAACAAUCUCAGUGCCAAGAUUCCUGGUCAUAAGAAGCCAGAAGUUAAGGGAUAUAAUCCAAUCACAGAAAUUCAAAACUGGUACAAGGAUCUUGUCAAAGAAAAUGGAGCAGAGGCAGUUCAUCAGGCUCUCAUUUCUGUCGGUCUUAAUGUUGCUGGUUAUGUUGCUGCAGCUUUUCUUCUUAAGCCAGUUACAGAAUUUUUCGCAAAAAUGGAAUAA